AUGAAACCCCCUCCCAGCUUCCAGAUUCUCGACCUCUACUUUACAUCCAGAUCUGUCAGCUGUUUUCAAGAUUUUUAUAAUAGUGAAGAUCAAUUGGAGUCUACGGCCAUCGCUAUGCUCAUUAAAUAUCUUCUACUGCUAGAGACGGUUGUCUUACGGGUGGUCAGCGGACAUCUGAUCAUGAUGUCGCCUGAGCCCUACAGCAACAAAACCCUCAACAACUCUCCUCUUGCUAACAACGGAAGUGACUUCCCCUGCAAGCUACGCACAGAUGCAUUUCUGGCUCCUACGGAAGAAACUGUAUACGACGUUGGUGUUGUCAACACAAUGAGAUUCAAAGGAAGUGCAACCCACGGCGGCGGAUCGUGCCAAUUGAGCCUCACUGAAGACCUCGCGCCAUCCAAACAAAGCACAUGGAAGGUCAUUAAGUCUUAUGAAGGUGGCUGUCCUGCAAAUGUAGAAGGAGGUCUAAGCGGAGGCGCCAAUGCUGACAAUGGCAUUCAACUCGAUUUCGCGAUACCUGAAAAUAUUCACUCCGGGAAAUAUACUUUGGCUUGGACAUGGUUCAAUCGUAUUGGAGAUAGUGAGAUGUACAUGAACUGUGCACCAAUCACCGUGGACAAUCCUUCAUCGCCUGUAUUCAACCAGAGCAUACAGUCCCAAGCGCAUGAUUUUCCACCCAUGUUCAUCGCCAACAUAAAUGGCUGUAUGACUCAACAAAAUUUGGACAUUCGAUUCCCUCAGCCAGGAAGUAAUGUUGAACUCAAUGGUCUGGCGCGAAAUCUUCUUCCCGAAGAUGAGCCAGUAUGCACCGGAACUCCUAUUUUUGGUGCUUUAGCAGCCAUGAAACCAAUUAUUCCAGAUCCUGAAAAGGGUAUUCUCGGGAAGGCUGUUUCAUACUCCCCGCCUACUUCUUCCACGCGCACUCAGUUGUCACCUUGCUCUUGUCGUGCUUUUCGCCGCAGUCCGAGCCAUCAGUGA